UUCUAGAGCCUGCGCAGUGAGCGUCUGUCGUACACCUGCGAAGUCCGAGGGGCUCGGGGCCCGCUUCCCUCCACACCCGGUGCCGCAAAGGUGGAAUUCGUGUCCGGACCGGUCUGACUGGCCUCAUGCAGGCCACCCCGGUCACGCUGGCUUCUGGGCCACCUCUGAUUUGAUCCCGCCCUUCCUGGGGGCUCCGUUGGGCACCAAAGACUGGGGGCGCAGAUCCUUGACCCACCCUACUGCCCUAAUCGCUCCGAGGGGUGAAGAUCACCAGUGCCAGGCCCAGACCCAAGUACUCACAUCCAUCGUCAUCCCGUCACACACAGACACACGCACACACACGCACACACACGGCGACCCUGUGUGGCAGGUGCUACCUGCCAACUUAACAGAUGAAAGUGGGAGACGCUGGUGGGGUGGGGAGCUGGUGGCCCCUGAGCGCGCCAAGAGAAGCUGCAUUUUCAGAAAUGAGCUACAAACAACACUUGCGAAUGAAGCCCCUGUCGUCGCCAAUUGUAAGGUCAGUUUUAGCAAAAGUGUGUAAAUAAAACAUUUUUUAUCAGUUAGAAACCUAUAAACCUCAGAGCAGUCUGUGCUCUCAGACAUCUUAGCCCCUGUCUGCCAGGCAGAGGCUGUUGGUUGAAGUGAGGACCUCUGCCCUCUGCCUCAAAACAGGGGCCCUGAGGUAGGCGAGUGAUGGCUGGGGUUCCCCAGCCCACCGCAGGCCUGGGAGCUGAGGCUGACUUCAGGCUCACCUCCUGCCCUCCUUCCUGGCGAGCUGCAGGUCCUGGGAGGGAUGACGACGUGCCUCAGAUGCAUGGAGGCUGAGUCACCCAGGCUGGCCGUGCCCCUCGGAGCCCAGGCUGGGCCACCACCCACCUGAGAAGGAAGGGUGGGUGGCUGCUGUGCUGGGAGAGCUGGGGCCUCCUGGGAUCUUGGGAACCCCAUCUUUGAGCUCCGCCCCACGGCCCCGCCCCUCCCCAGGAGGGAAAAGGCAGCUGCCAGUUGCCUGCCUCACAGGCACUGGGACCUGGCCCACAGGACGAGAGGGGACACCGCUGCCAUCAGCACUGCAGGUGGGUCCUGGGCUGAGGGGCUUCCCUGAACUGGGGCUCGGCCACGGGGACGGCACAGCUGCAUCUCCCAGCCUCCCCACCCCAUCCCCCACUGCCACGCAAGGAGGGCAGCUGGGAGACCUCGGCCCUCACACCCAGCUCACUCCCAUGCGCACCCACACGACACAUAAGCCUUGUACACCCUGGUGUCUCCACAGCCUGGCCCUUUGCGGGUUGGGCACUCUCUUGGGCUGCAGCUCUGCCCCUCCGCUGAGCUGAUACUGUCUCCUCUGCCUGCCCCCGCCAGGCUGGGCCAUGGACCCACAUGAGAUGGUCGUCAAGAACCCGUAUGCUCAUGUCAGCAUCCCUCGGGCUCACCUGCGGCCUGAUCUGGGGCAGCGGCUGGAGACGGCUCCUCCUUCCUGGGGGUCCCAGCCUCUGCCUGUGGGAUCCUGCACCUCGGAGCCCACCGGGCUCUUGCAGCCCUCCGAGGAGGCUCCAGGGAGCAAGGGGGCCAAGGGGACCACCCGGGCCCAGGGCCAGCAGAGCUGGCAGCAGCCCUGCAACCCCUACAGCGGUGGGCAGCGCCCGGCAGGACUGACCUACGCUGGCCUGCCACCCAUCGGGCGCGGGGAUGACAUCGCCCACCACUGCUGCUGCUGUCCCUGCUGUUCCUGCUGCCACUGCCCUCGCUUCUGCCGCUGCCACAGCUGCUGCUGCGUCAUCUCCUAGCCCAGCCCCUGCCGGGCCGAGGGGCCUCCCGCAGGACCCCAACAUGGCUCAGGCAGCCACAGCGGUGCCCACAUGUUUGGGGCAGCCACUGGACCAUUGUCGUGGGAGGUGGCCACUUUCCACCCUGGAUAGGAGUAUCUACCCGCCACAGAGGCCAACAGCCCAGCUCAGGCCCCUUGAAACAGAGCCCUGGGCACUGGCUGUAAUGGCAGCCCUGGGGACACCCUUGACCACCUCCCUCAGGGCCCGCAGCCCCGGCAAUAAAUCAGAGUGACCUUUGUUCUGGUGACUCUUCUCUGCUGCUGCCCCCUUGAA